AUGAUAACUCGUUCAAAACUCGUGGAGCAACUCAGAGAUUAUCAGAUCCGAUCCCAGCACCGGUGCCCUGCCCUCGUUGUCUUCUCUCCAAAACCGGUCCUCUCCACCUGGACUGAUGUUGCCGUUGCUAUAUUCUGGGCGUUGAGCUUUAUUCUGCUUCUGAGUUCAUCGUAUGUUAUCCUCUACUUAAAACACUACUGGAUUUCUUUAGCUGUCAUGUGCAUUGGCAUCCUUGUCCCAAUUCGUCUGCGAGUUGCAAGGCAAUCACUUGCCAGAAAAAGAGAUAGACGGUUAUUACUACCUUUAUCCAUCAUUGAGAAUUUGCUGAGCAACACACUCGUUGGUUACGAAAAUGAGAACUAUUUUGAUCAAAGGUUGAAGGUGGUUUCUGGAGGUCAACAAAAUGAAAUUCCGACGGAUAUUUUUCUGCAACAGCACAUCCCUUUGCAAUUCGUGGAGGUGACGGUUGGUGGAGUCACCAUGAUGACUAUGUCGGACGAGACCAUGGAUGACGUGAUCUUCGGGAGCUCUGCUGCUGCCACAAAGUUUGUGGAGGAACUCGAUGGCCAAUUCUCCGGGAUGCCGACCGCAAAACAUUUGUUGUUGAUCCCUCAGUUGUUGUCUGAUCUCCGCAAGAGACUUGUCGAUGCCCUCGCAGCCGAUAACUUCCAGCACAUGUAUAUGACGAACGAUUAUGGGGUCGUGUGCUAUUUCUUGAGGGCCUCGUUAGUUUCAGUUCGUAUGGCGAAAAGCUCGAGCGUUAUGGAGUGGUCGAGAAUUUCCUCGUCAAACUCCUGUCUGAAGUUCUUCGGCCUGAUGUUCAUGGGGAGGAUUAUGUUGCUUGGGUUUGUGACCGAGGUGCUCGUGCAUGUAGCGGCGAAAAGUUUUCGGGCCAUUCAUUGUUGUUCAAGCACACGAACAGAGAUGACAGUUAACUCAUACAUAAGCUUUCUAUUCUUGCUGCUAGAUGGAUGUUGCAUGUUCUUUAUUUUAAAACUAAGGCACUGCUUGGUCUUUCUUUUCCAACUAAGGCUUUGA